UAUACAUAUGACAUUCAACUUGAUAUUCAAGCAACAAUAGAAAUACUGUUAAAAAGGCUUAACUCAACCAAUAACUAUAGAUUAGAAUUAAUAUUAGUACUACUACAAGUAGCAAACGAAGUAGCUGACUAUAUCACACAACCAGAAAAAGUACCUAGAUUAUUUUCUGGAAAAACAGUCCUAGAACAAGAAAAAACAGCAUUACAAAUAUCUAACUACUUUAAUUAUUUUGAAGCAACACUAUCAGAAAUUUACGCAGAAACUGAAAUACAGCAAGAAUACUCGAAAACAACAGAAUUAAUUAUAUUGUAUAAAAAUAGAAAGUACAUUGAACUUCUAAAAUUAGGAUCUUAUAUUGAUCAAGAAUUACAGUAUAUACCAACACAAUAUUGGUAUUAUAAGAAGAUAACAAAGUAUCAAUUUUCAACUAAAGGAGAUAAAGAAAUUUAUAAAGAAUUUAAGAAAGAUUCUGAAAAUUAUAUCAGCAAACUUAGACAAAUUAAAAACUUUGGAUAUAUGCUAGGAUUAAAUGACUAA